AUAAUAUGUCCAGCUUACAGCAACCAGAGUCCUACAGUUCAAAACCUGGAUCUGCAUUCAAAGCUACUUCACUAACUGACACAGAUCUAAAGAAUUACUCUGGUCCUUUAGUGCCAUUGUCUGAUAUUCAGAAUGGAUGUUUGUCAGACAUCAUCUUCAGCAAGUUCUAUAUGACACAUCACAGUGAGGCACAGGAGUUGGCAUCUGAGACAGGUUAUACACCUCAACCUGAGGCUGUUUUAGCAGAAGCACUUCGAACUUGCCUGAUGAAGUACAAUAAGGAAACUUCACUGAGGUUGAACUUGGUGUUCUUCUCUGAAGCAGUGCGUCAUGCAGCAAGACUGAGCCGAGUGCUUGCUCAUCCAAGAGGUCAUGCCCUACUUUUAGGCUUGAGCUACGCAACUGGAAGAGCAACACUUGCAAAGUUGGCUGCUUUUGUUGCCAAAUGCAAAAUGUUUGAACUCAAGCGACAAACCUUGCCCACACACAACUUAAGCAUGGUUCAUAAAUAUAUUAAGCAAAGCUCCUUCCAUGCUGGCAUUCAGGGAAAGCCAACUGUGCUGCUUGUACAUGCAGAUAUAGGAGAGGAAUGUUUACAAGAUAUCAGCGCUAUCAUGACAGAAGGAACAGCUCCUGGUGUUUACACUGAGGAAGACUUUCAAAACAUAAUCAGUCAAAUGAUGCCUGGUGGGGUCCACACAAAGAGAGUAGACAAAAUGCAGCUGGCUUUUGAUAGAUUUGUUAAACGCAUCCAGCAAAAUCUCCAUGUAUUGGUGUGCUUAAAUUACAGAGGGAACAGGUAUUCUUCAAAUUGGCAAGCUUUCCAUCACAAGCUGCAAAAGCAUCCAAAUCUGAUCAAGAACAGUUGGAGCAUUGAUGUUUACCUGCCUUGGAGUCACAGAGCUCUAUCACAAGUGGCUAGAACAUGGCUUGAGGACACAACUUCUGGGGUCCUGAUUCCAUGGAGUCCUCAACGGACAUCAGAACAGAUUGAAAUGGCCUCAAAUGGUAUGGCCUACAUUCAUUUCUCCGCUCAAGCUGCCGUAGAGAGACUGUAUUACCACCAGAUGGAGCCUCUGCAAAUGUUUACACCUCUGACUUUUAUGGAGUUUGUGCAUUUAUUCAAAAUUAUAGCUGCAUUUCUUGCACAAACUGAGAAGGCGAAAGGUGGAAAGUUUGAAAAAGCUCUUGCAAAGAUUGAUGAAGCAUUUGGAAGCAUAGCAGAAUACAAAAGAAAAGUAUCAGAUCUGGUACCACAAUCCAGUUCAGCUGGUGGGGUUAUCAAUGAUCUGGUUACACAAGUUGACAACUUAAAACAAAGUUACAGACAA